AUGACCAUCACCUCGGACACGAGCGCUCCUCUUGUCGUCGUCGGAGGCUCUACUGGCCAGCAAGGCGGUAGUGUCAUUCGCUCUCUCCAGGAAUCCGACAAGGUCUACCGGAUCCGUGGUCUCACCCGGGAUGUCUCUAAGCCUGCUGCGAAGGCACUCACGGAGCAGGGAGUCGAGAUGCUUUCCGUAAAUCUUGUGAUCGAGAACAAGGCUCAAGUGGUCGAAGCAUACAAGGGCGCCAAUAUCGUGUUUGCUAUGACCAACUUUUGGGAACACCUCGAUAAAGCAAAGGAGCUCGCUGAAGGCAAGAUGUUCAUCGACGCGGCGCUCGAGGCCAAAGUCCCACUCUUCAUCUUCUCCUCGCUCGAUAGCUUUGAAGAAUAUUCGGGCGGCAAGUACAAGAACGUGCACCACUUCGAGGGCAAGGCGCAGAUUGCUAAUUACGGCCGCUCAAAGGCAUCACCUAGCUUUACAUUUGUGGCCGUCCAAGCUGGCUUCUACUACUCCAACUUCACCCGGAACCAGAUAAUCAGGCAGGAGAGCGACGGCACUUGGGCCGCUGCCCUCCCCUGCAAACCCGACGUCCUGUUACCCGGCAUCGACGUCGAUGAAUACGGUCUCUGGGUUCGUGCUGCUAUCGAGCACGAGGAGCUUCGAAAUGGUCACGAAAUUCUGGCAUGUAGUCAGGAGAUGUCAAUUGGCGAAAUGGUCGACGAGAUUGCGAGGCCCUAUUCUCCUGAAGAGACUAGCUUAAAAAUUACCUUCAAGACUGUCAACAACGACGAGUUCCGAGCGGCCAUGCCUGAGGGGGCCCCAGAGCACGUCAAGGAUGACUUGAUGGAAUUCUUUAACGGAUUGUCAGCGGUUGGCUACUACAACCGGGAAGACGUCGUCCGCUUCCUGCCUUACCUCAGCCGCAAGACUACGACAUUUGCUGACUGGGUCAAGAAGAAGGACAUGCCAGAGUAUGGGAAGAUCUGA